AAAAUCCAAUUAAAUGAAAAAAUAAAAAAACAAUUAUACUUUUCAGAUCGUAGCUGAAGGCUGAAGCUGAUCCAGUUUCAUCUGUUCCAUGCAGCUACUGCUAAUUUCUGUUGAUUGUUGCUUAGCUUGAUUGCUGAUGUUUGUUAAGUAUGGAAUGAAUUCUGGAUUUUCAUCAUUAGCUUCACCAGCUGUGUUGAGGAGGCAACAGUUUUUGAUAAAGUCUCUUGGAGGGUACAGUGAUAUCACUCAUCAGAAAAGAAUGGAAGCAGUGAAAUGCUUAAGUGGAGGAGCCUCUUUAGAGGCUGAUGCUGAGAAUGUUUUGAGGGCAAUUACUCCAUCCCUUGACCCAACUAGACAUAAAGGCCAAGCUGGGAAGAUUGCUGUUAUUGGGGGGUGUCGUGAGUACACCGGUGCACCUUACUUUGCUGCUAUUUCAGCAUUGAAAAUUGGUGCAGAUUUGUCCCAUGUUUUCUGUACUGAAGGUGCUGCCACAGUUAUAAAAAGCUAUAGCCCUGAAUUAAUAGUGCACCCAAUUUUACAAGAGUCAUAUAGUAUUAGUGAUGUUGAUGAUGAGGGCAGAAGAAACAUAUCAAAGAAGAUUAUUUCUGAGUUUGAUAAGUGGAUGGAAAGAUUUGAUUGUCUGGUUAUUGGUCCAGGCCUUGGAAGGGACCCAUUUCUUCUGGAAUGUGUGAGCAAAAUCAUGACACAUGCAAGGCAGUCAAAUGUUCCCAUGGUUGUAGAUGGGGAUGGACUCUUCCUUGUGACAAACAGUGUUGAACUUGUUAGCGGCUAUCCCUUAGCUGUCUUAACUCCAAAUGUCAAUGAAUACAAGCGCCUGGUUCAGAAAGUUCUAGGUUGUGAAGUAAACGAUCAAGAAGCUCAUGGGGAGCUGCUUUCUCUUUCCAAAGGGAUGGGUUGUGUAACUAUCUUAAGGAAAGGAAAGUCUGACCUCAUUAGUGAUGGUGAAAUAGUCCAAUCAGUGGGCAUUUAUGGAUCCCCACGGCGCUGUGGUGGCCAAGGUGAUAUCCUUUCUGGAAGCGUUGGGGUAUUUUUAUCUUGGGCUCGUCAACAUAUUUUGGCCACAGAAAGGAAACCGACUGUCAGGGAUCAUUACAGUCCGACAAAUCCAACUGUGUUGGGUUGCAUUGCGGGCUCUGCUUUAUUGAGGAAAGCUGCAUCUCUUGCUUUUGAGCAUAAGAAAAGGUCAACUCUUACCACCGAUAUCAUUGAAUGCUUGGGGCAAAGUUUGGAGGCGAUUUGUCCAGCAUCUUGAUAAUGGACACAGAUGUCCUGACUGGCUGCUUCACCAACAAAGUCCUUUGUAUGCUUAAACCUUUUCUUUCAUGUCAUGAAUGAUCUUAGUGUUUCCAUGGAAUGCUGAUAAUGUGAAACCCAUGAUUCAACGUACUGAAUAGCUUUUUUCAAUGGGGUUUGGACUUAGGGUGAGUAAUGAAAAUAUAUUAAUGUACAUUGAUCCUAAAAUUUGAGAGUAUCUUU